AUGUCCAGUGUCAAAUCCCUGCCCUGUGUCUCCAUACACAGUGUCAUACCCUACUCUGCAUUUCCAUCCCCAGUGUUGUACUUUUAUCCCUUUAGAGCGACUUUAGAUCCCGGGCCCUUCAUAGUUUCUGAUCGCUACCCUGCAUAUUCAUACCCAGCUUCUGAUCGCUGCCCUGCAUAUUCGUACCCAGCUUCUGAUCGCUGCCCUGCAUAUUCGUACCCAGCUUCUGAUCUCUACCCUGCAUAUUCUUACCCAGCGUCUGAUCCCUACCCUGAAUAUUUGUACCCAGCUUCUGAUCGCUGCACUGAAUAUUUGUACCCAGCUUCUGAUCUCUACCCUGCAUAUUCGUACCCAGCUUCUGAUCGCUGCACUGAAUAUUCGUACCCAGCUUCUGAUCUCUACCCUGCAUAUUCGUACCCAGCUUCUGAUCACUGCCCUGCAUAUUCGUACCCAGCUUCUGAUCGCUGCCCUGCAUAUUCGUACCCAGCUUCUGAUCUCUACCCUGCAUAUUCUUACCCAGCGUCUGAUCCCUACCCUGCAUAUUCGUACCCAGCUUCUGAUCGCUGCACUGCAUAUUCGUACCCAGCUUCUGAUCUCUACCCUGCAUAUUCUUACCCAGCGUCUGAUCCCUACCCUGAAUAUUUGUACCCAGCUUCUGAUCGCUGCACUGAAUAUUUGUACCCAGCUUCUGAUCUCUACCCUGCAUAUUCGUACCCAGCUUCUGAUCGCUGCCCUGCAUAUUCGUACACAGCUUCUGAUCGCUGCCCUGCAUAUUCGUACCCAGCUUCUGAUCUCUACCCUGCAUAUUCUUACCCAGCGUCUGAUCCCUACCCUGAAUAUUUGUACCCAGCUUCUGAUCGCUGCACUGAAUAUUUGUACCCAGCUUCUGAUCUCUACCCUGCAUAUUCGUACCCAGCUUCUGAUCUCUACCCUGAAUAUUCGUACCCAGCUUCUGAUCGCUGCCCUGCAUAUUCGUACCCAGCUUCUGAUCUCUACCCUGCAUAUUCUUACCCAGCGUCUGAUCCCUACCCUGAAUAUUUGUACCCAGCUUCUGAUCCCUACCCUGAAUAUUUGUACCCAGCUUCUGAUCGCUGCACUGAAUAUUUGUACCCAGCUUCUGAUCUCUACCCUGCAUAUUCGUACCCAGCUUCUGAUCUCUACCCUGCAUAUUCUUACCCAGCGUCUGAUCCCUACCCUGAAUAUUUGUACCCAGCUUCUGAUCGCUGCACUGAAUAUUUGUACCCAGCUUCUGAUCUCUACCCUGCAUAUUCGUACCCAGCUUCUGAUCUCUACCCUGAAUAUUCGUACCCAGCUUCUGAUCGCUGCCCUGCAUAUUCGUACCCAGCUUCUGAUCUCUACCCUGCAUAUUCUUACCCAGCGUCUGAUCCCUACCCUGAAUAUUUGUACCCAGCUUCUGAUCGCUGCACUGAAUAUUCGUACCCAGCUUCUGAUAGCUGCACUGAAUAUUCGUACCCAGCUUCUGAUCGCUGCCCUGCAUAUUUGUACCCAGGUUCUGAUCGCUACCCUACAUAUUCCUACCCAGCUUUAUGA